AUCCACUGUCUCUUGUCUGGGGCCGUUUGCUGCGCUGAGCCUGCUUCCUCGGCAGCUUGACCCUACAGACAUUCGACCACGAUGCCACGAGAAAUCAUUACGAUCCAGGCCGGGCAGUGCGGCAACAGCAUCGGAAGCCAGUUCUGGCAGCAGCUCUGCCAGGAGCACGGGAUCAGUCAGGAUGGCACUCUCGAGGACUUUGCGACCGAAGGCGGCGACCGAAAGGACGUGUUUUACUACCAAAGCGACGAUACACGAUACAUCCCGCGUGCCAUUCUGAUUGACCUGGAACCGCGGGUCAUCAAUGGCAUCCAGACGGGGCCGUACCGAAACAUUUACAAUCCCGAAAACUUUUACGUCGGCAAGGACGGUAUGGGCGCGGCCAACAACUGGGGCGACGGCUACCAGAGCGGCGAGGCGGUGUUUGAGGACAUAAUGGAGAUGAUUGAGCGCGAGGCGGACGGCAGUGACUCUCUAGAGGGAUUCAUGAUGCUGCACUCGAUUGCGGGCGGCACGGGCUCGGGGCUGGGUUCCUUCCUGCUCGAGCGACUCAACGACCGGUUCCCCAAGAAGAUUAUACAGACGUACUCGGUAUUCCCGGACACGACCAAUGCGGGCGACGUGGUUGUGCACCCGUACAACAGCAUCUUGUCCAUGCGAAGGCUAACGCAGAACGCUGAUUCAGUGGUGGUGCUGGACAAUGGCGCCCUGUCACACAUCGCGGCGGACAGGCUGCACGUGCAGGAGCCGUCUUUUCAGCAGACAAACCAGCUGGUCGCGACAGUCAUGUCGGCGAGCACGACGACGCUGCGCUAUCCGGGCUACAUGCACAACGACCUCGUAAGCAUCCUGGCGUCGCUGAUCCCCACACCGCGAUGCCACUUCCUCAUGACGGCGUACACGCCCUUUACGGGAGACCAGGUGGAGCAGGCCAAGACGGUGCGCAAGACGACGGUGCUGGACGUGAUGCGGCGGUUGCUGCAGCCCAAGAACCGCAUGGUGUCGACGGUGCCGGGCAAGAAGAGCUGCUACAUCUCCAUCCUCAACGUGAUCCAGGGCGAGGUGGACCCGACGGACGUGCACAAGAGCCUGCUGCGGAUCCGCGAGCGGCGGCAGCUGGCCACGUUCAUCCCGUGGGGACCGGCGAGCAUCCAGGUGGCCCUGACGAAGCGCAGCCCGUACAUUCCCAUGAGCCACCGGGUGAGCGGCCUGAUGCUGGCCAACCACACGAGCAUCGCCACGCUGUUCAAGCGCAUCGUCAGGCAGUAUGACAGCAUGCGCAAGCACAACGCCUUCAUCGAGGGGUACAAGAAGACGGCGCCGUUUGCGGAGAACCUGCACGAGUUCGACGAGGCACGGCAGGUGGUGGCGGACCUAAUUGGGGAGUACGAGGCGGCCGAGAACGCAGACUACCUGAACCCCGAAGGCAGAAACCUGCCCACGUCGGCGGAGACGGACAGGAGGGUCGGUUGAGGGUCUUUUCCUGGGGAUGAUUCCGACAUGACGGGCACCGUCACGGGGGCACUGACUGUGUUGAAGAAGAAAAGAGGCCCACGCAAGGCACAAAACGGAGAUAUGGCGUUUUGGGAUUUUAGGACAGGUCUCUCUAUGGUGCUCUAUGUUCAAGUAGGCGUGUGCUGAAUGGAAGCGAACGGAUGUGUCUUGAACUGGGUCUGUCGUGCUCGGUCCAGCUUCCAUGUGACGGAACCAUGGUGUGUGCUGUUCGCCAUGGGGAGCUGAGAUUCGCGGGGCACACCAACAAGGGAGACAACAGCCAUCUAUCUACCUUCCCC